AUGGACGAAGCUUCGAGCAGCACUGUUGUCUUGCAGGACCAGGACCUGCUGAGUCACACACGACGACGCCAUUCCGCCGGGCAGCAUACUCCGACCCCUUCCUCCCCAGCUCAUACGGCAGAGCCUUUCAGCGCCGGGCCACUCGAUCCCGACACAUGUCGAAUAUGCCGGGGCGAGGCGACCAUCGAGGAGCCGUUGUUCUACCCCUGCAAAUGCAGUGGUAGCAUCAAGUAUGUCCACCAGGACUGCUUGAUGGAAUGGCUGUCACAUUCGCAAAAGAAACACUGCGAGCUCUGCAAGACACCUUUCCGCUUCACCAAGCUGUACGCGCCCUCGAUGCCCAAGACAUUACCUCCACACAUUGUUCUCAGCCACGCCGCCAAGUAUGUUUUCCGAAAUAUUCUCGUGUGGCUCCGCGGUGCCCUGGUCAUCAGCGUCUGGCUGGGUUGGUUACCCUACUUGAUGCGAACAGUCUGGUCCUUCCUCUUCUGGCUCAGCGAUGAGGGACUCGGUGGUGGAGGCGGCUCCCUCUUUCCCAGAGCGGACGGCCGCGGCCACGGUUGGACCGACUUGUCUGCUUUCAUGUUCGGUGGCUAUGUAUGCCCUUCUAGCCCUCUCCUUGCGCCGACUACAUGCCCUGCUCUCAGCCCCGAGACUGUUCCCCAGCUCGUCUGGCCGCUCUACGGUGUCAAUCUAACCCUCACUUCGAAUGAUCCCCUGACAACCACUGUGCUUCGCCUUCUAAUCGGAUCCGGCCGCUUCGGUUCUUCAAACUCGACUCUAGCCUCCAAUUCCUCAAUCGAUCCAACCACCCUCUCUUUUGCCAAUACAGGGCCGCCGUCGCUGCUGAGUGACGUCGACUUCCUGCGGAACCUCACUCGGUACCCGUCCCUGAACCGGAACCUCAUCUGGAUUCUAGAAGGGCAAAUAAUUACUGUUCUGGUCAUUGUUUGCUUCAUCCUGAUCAUACUGGUUCGAGAUUACGUUGUCCAGCAGCAACCCGAGAUCAACAUGCGAGCCGCUAGAGCUGCCGAGGAGAAUCCCGACUUCCCCCCGCCUCCCGAUCAGGCCGAUGCCGUUGAUGGCCACAAUGGCGCUGUUGCCCACCUGCGAGAACCCACAGAAACCGGAGCCGGUGAAAUGGUCGAGGGCAUCGCUGCAGACCGCUACGUCGACGGCAUUCUGGAUAACGAUGCGACAACCCCGGCAGCGCAACCUGAUGAUCAUGCCGACCUACCCACCUCGUCCCGUCGAUACCUGCCUGUGUCGGAAUUCGUAUCGGAAUCUGUCAAUCACGACUCACAUCAGUUCACCGGAGUAGGGCUGGAGUCAUCACCCUUGGAGACGGAUACUCUAGAAGCGCAGUUCUCUGAUGCACCCCACGGUUUUGGGGCUGGCCCUUCCGCUUUUGCGUACCAGUCAUCGCCCACAGAUUCGGAUUCCACCACUCAAGGCAGUACUGUCUAUGAAUACGAUAGUAUAUUUCGGGAAGCUGGUGGAGAUCCCGACAGGAUAUUGGGUAUUGCUAAGGAAAGGGGCGUCGAGGAUCGUCUAGAGUAUUGGAUGCGUCUGACCCGAGCUAGGAGAGACCGCAAGAAGGAACGAGAUCCUGUCGGAAAGGAUGCGGAGGGCUCAGCCGGACAGCUUGCCACCCCGCCGGAUUUCGAUUCUCAACGCGUCAUUCCGGACCAGCCCGCAUCUUGGGUUUGGCCCGAGGAGCUGGCGUCGGAGUCCAACUCAGCCCCAACAUCGGCUGAAAAGGGAAAAGCAAAGGCAAUACAAGACGAUGACGAGGAUGAUGCAGGUUUCCACCCUGAGUCGGCGAUCAUGCCGGGCAAGCCUCCGAGGGCUCGAGCCAACACAGACGGGCCCCAGGUACAUGAGAGCAUCAGUCCACUGGCACACAACAACUGGUCAUUUGCCGCGUCUACCUCGCAGAAUUCGUCAGCCAUGCAUGCCUCAGAACCAGAACAGCAGCAGCGUUCCGCCCCUUCACCUACUCGAGCCUCCAUCUUCCCGGAUGAAGAAGCCGAAGAGGUGUAUCCCACACCUGCCCCGACAACUCCGGUUGAACUACCAUCAAGAAUGGCCGUUACUGUGGACCAGAUGGGGGAGAAUGUGGACUCAAAUCCACAUCGGCUUGCUGAGCUUGACGAGCUAUCAGACUUGGACGUUGAUCAAGAUUUGGGAGAGCCUGCACUGGUUCGUCCGUCCCCAACAGAGUGGAAUAACCUUCCCGACUUCAAUGAUCUUCCCCCACCUCGUCAGAAUGGUCACCAUGCCGUGCAAUUGCAGAACCAGCCAGACGGCCUCGCCCAGUGGCUUGCUCAUCUCAUGUGGGGCGGUGUGGAUGCCAUUGACCCGGCCGAGUUGAUGCCUCCUCCAGAAGUUUUUGUCGACGACGACGACGUGGAUGGACUGCCUGCUGUCGAUGAUGGCGAUCUGAGAGAUGAUGAUUUUGAGCAGGACCGAGAGGUGGUAGAGGCUGCUGUGGCAGCGGGACUGGAUCCUGACGCCAUCGACGACGCCGAAGAUCUCGAAGGCGUGAUGGAGCUCCUGGGCAUGCGCGGGCCAAUCGGGGGCCUGUUUCAAAAUGCAAUCUUCUGUGCAUUCUUGGUUUCCAUCACUAUCUUCCUCGGCGUCUUCCUGCCCUACAACGUCGGCAAGAUUGGCUUGUGGGCGGUGGCCAACCCCAUGCGCCCUGUACGCAUGAUGAUCAGCCUGACCAAGUUCAUACAGGACAUUGCUCUCGUUUUUGCAGGGGCCUUGUCUACUGGGCUCUUUUACAUCCUUCACUUGUGUGGACAGAUCUUGGGUUGGGCCCAUGCAAGCAAGUCUCUUGCUGGAACGGCUCAAGGCUCUUGGGCCAUGUCUCGAAGCGCAGCUCUCAGGAUAUCCAGAGUGGCCUUCGCUAGCCAACCAGUCAUUUCGGCUGGGGAGAUUCGAAAUUUCUCAGCCCUCAGUCAUGAUGCAUUGCUCACCGUGAAGAGCUUCGUCUCUACGGCAAUCGCCUCAGCCGGCUCCAUCUUCCAGUUCAUUGCAAGCGGCGAAUAUGGUAACAAAGCUCUUCACAUCAUAUCAAUUGUGCCCUUCAUCCCGGGGCUUUUCUGGAGUACAGCUAUCCAUACAUUGGCUGUUCUUUCAAAUCCAGGGUCUUGGUUUGAAGAAAACAACAUGUCACCGCCAGUCGUUCUCAGCCCUGAGCUUGCGUACUGGGAACCCAUGGACCGCUUUUGGGCCAUUUUCGCUGGCUACAUCGUUCUUUGUCUAGUAGCGACCCUCUACGUGCGGCGUGGGAGACCCUUCUCGAGCACGCAAACUGGCCAGGAAUGGGAAGGCUCGGUGAUGGAAGGCAUACAUCAGGCCAGCGGGGUCUUGAAGGUCCUUUUGAUCAUCGGCAUCGAAAUGCUGGUCUUUCCUCUCUACUGCGGGCUCUUGCUGGACAUGGCACUCCUACCUCUCUUCGAGGACACCUCUCCUAGAUCUCGGCUUUUCUUUACGUUCAAGUUUCCCCUGACGUCCAUUUUUGUGCAUUGGUUCGUCGGCACUGGCUACAUGUUUCACUUUGCGCUGUUCGUGUCCAUGUGUCGUAAGAUCAUGCGCAAAGGCGUGCUCUAUUUUAUCAGGGACCCUGACGACCCCGAGUUUCACCCAGUCCGCGACGUACUUGAAAGGAACGUCACGACACAGCUUCGCAAGAUCCUCUUCUCUGCAUUUGUCUACGGCGCGCUUGUCAUCAUCUGCCUGGGCGGUGUUGUUUGGGGCCUGGCCAUGGCCGUCCCCAACGUGUUGCCGAUUCACUAUUCAUCCAACGAGCCAGUUCUCGAGUUUCCGAUUGAUCUGCUCUUCUACAACUUUUUAAUGCCGCUGGCCGUCAAAUUCUUCAAGCCGAGCAACGCGCUCCGCACCAUGUAUACCUGGUGGUUUCGGAAAUGCGCCCAUACACUGCGCAUCAGCUGGUUCCUCUUCGGAGAACGCCGGAUCGAUGAAGAAGGUAGACUGGUCCUACCCAGCGAUUCGCCAUACCAAGCGAUGCCAUACUGGAGGCGCCUCUUCCUGGCCUAUGACGGCAACGGCCAGGUGGUUCCUACGACAUGGGCCCACGUUUUUGACGGGGCUCAUGCCAAGCCCACUUCACUGUCGACCGACGAGAUCCUCAAACUCAAUGCCGACAAGCAUAAGCUUGUCGAUACAGGCCAGCUCAUUCCAGAGGGUCGGUUUGUCAGGACCCCAGCGUCUGACCAGGUUAAGAUCCCCAAAGGACGAAGGGUCUUCCUCGACGUCACCGAAAAUAACAUCCGUCCUGGGGGUCUUAACGAGCGGUCUUACUCGGAUAUCUACGCGACUGACCAGUAUCAGUUUGUCUAUAUUCCGCCUCGCUUUCAGCUCCGUGUGUCCCUGUUCAUUAUCCUCCUGUGGAUAUUUGCUGCUGUAACCGGUGUCAGCUUUACCAUUAUUCCCCUUGUAUUCGGCAGGCGAAUGUUCAAAAUGCUCAUACCCGCGCAUAUUCGCACCAACGACAUAUACGCGUUUAGCAUCGGCAUCUAUAUCCUCGGCUCCGCGGCUUAUCUGAUUUUUCACCUUCGUUCGCUGUCCAUAAAGGCGAGAAGCUAUAUCAGAGACGCGAUUUCGGCUCUAGGGAACCGACAAGGGGUCCGAAAAGCCAUGUCAUUCAUCAAGCAAGGAUCGAAGAUGCUGUAUUGCUACUCAUUUCUCCUCGUUGUCCUCCCAUUACUCCUCUCUUCGGUGAUGGAGCUUUACAUCCUUGCACCGCUCAACACAUAUAUGUACUCGGCAAUGCUCACAGAAGGAGCCCAGGGCCAGAGGCAUGAUGUGCGUGUAAUGCAGACCUGGACGAUUGGCGUUCUAUACACGAAGCUCGGGUCGAAGAUCAUCAUGUCAUGGUAUGGCGACACUCGCCUCGCAUCUGCUGUGCGUGCCGUUCUCCGCCGAGGCUGGCUGGACCCUGAUGCCGCCAUUCUUACUCGGGCUUUCAUUCUGCCCACCUUGAUACUUGGCUUCCUCGCUCUUACUGCACCGUUGAUUUCCGCUCGAUUCGCGAUCUCGUGGGGGAUAUUGGACUCGAUCCCUGGACCGGCAGGCGCAGCGAAGGUCAUGGUCUACCGGCUCAGCUUCCCGGCCAUGGCUUCUUGCUUUGUAGUUCUGUGGACCCUGUGGUACAUGGUCGCGAUUCUGCGGUCUUGGAGGGUGAGAAUUCGUGACGAGGCUUACCUGAUCGGCGAGCGACUUCAUAAUUUUGGUGUCGGAGCGGCUGCGCCGGGGAGGGCGAGCCGAGCCUGGAAAGCUGGGGGCAAUCGUCUUUAA